GGGACACAAGGCAAGACUGUUGCUGCGGUGCAGCUUGUGGCGGGCUCUGGACUGUUCGAGCGGGCCAAAGAUGUCGUCAUGGGCUGUCUCACGCAGGCCUCGUUGAGGUCGGCAGGCAAGCUAGGCAAGGUUCGAUCGAUGCCGCCAUGCCUUGCGCUCUUCUUGGACGCCGAGCCUGAACGUACCGCAGGCUUGCUCUCCUGGCCUCCUCUCCGGACACCUUCUCCCUUGUUGUAUAGUCUUUGGCGUUGAUCGCCUUUCCGUCAUGAUUCUCACCUUCUCGCCUGCUCUCGGUCAGACGACAACCGCCAAGGUUGCCCCCUUGCCCUCUCACGUUUCCGACCGGGAAUCAAUCGCCCAUACCAUCCUCUUCAAAGCCACCUUUGAUUCUCCCCAGUCUUACGUUCGGGCCCAGUCGGACAAAUUCAGGGUCGAGCUCUGGACUAACAUCCCCAUCCACGGACACAAGCGAACCAAUGGAGAAUGGCGGGCAGUCCAGUUCACAGAGCUAGAGGGAAGCAAAGAGCCUGUGGCAUCCGCGCAGCCCUUUUCCCUCUUGACUGAGGCGGACGAGGCACGCGAGGAGAAUACCCUGUAUCUCAAGCUUCGCGCUUCCCUGCACGACCAUAUCGGUGCCCGGUUCUCUUACACCUUCCGGCUCGUCCAUGCUUCUGGCCAUGUCGAAUGGCUGGGACGUCACAACAACAACGGUACCAUUGUGGUCGAGCAGGGCAUCCCCGGAAUCAGUCUGUCGACGCAUUGGGCCGUCCGCGACGAUGGAAAGUAUGGCCUUGAGGCGACAUCGGCAGAGGGGUCCACAGUGCGGCUGGAUAGGCCCGAGGAUUGGUCGAGUUGGGUGUGGAAGCCUUCAAGUCUCCCCACUCAGUUCUCAGCACCAGAGCCUUGCAAUGGUAGCGCCAUGGUGCUACUCCCUCGCCUUUCCCCCCGUCUGGGUGAUGCACUCAAGCCGUUAGUGCUUGUCGCGAGCGAGUCGGCAAGCCUUCGUCUCACUACCGAUGGAGACAUCUCGGUGGACUGUAUCGGCAAGGAUAAACGAGCGGUUCUGGGCAUCUUGGAGCAUUCAAAGGAUCUUCUCGAAAAAGCGGCAGCCUUGAGCAAUGGUACCGUGCUCGCUUUCGACCCCGCCUCUGCUGUUGUCGCGGUCCGCCAGUCAAACGCUGCCCUCCCAUACCAUGUCAUCGUUUUACCAGUCGCGGAGGCCGUAGGCAAGCCGUCGUCCAUCGCUGUUCGGAAGUUGCAGCCGUUGGUGGAGCAAUCGUCUGGCAGUCACGGCCUGGUGCUAUUUUCUCAGAAAUUGCGCAAAGCAAAGGUUAUCGACGACUCGUUAUCGAACGACAGCAAUGUCCUCGACUUUGGCCCCUCAGGCGUCGACAUGAUCCUCUCGGCUGCACGUAUAAUCUCGGAAAACGAUCGAACAUGGCAGGUUAUGCUGCUGAGCCCGUCCAAGCACUUCACAGCUCAAAUCGAGAAGCCCGCUGCUCCCGAAGUGCCUCCGACUCCCCCGCCUUCGCCUCCUGCCGUGGACUCUCCUUUCGUGCCCGCUCCUACGCAAGCGCCAAUCUCAGAGGAGACUACUGUCCCGACGCCCCCUACCGGUGUUGCGCGGCCUGUGCCCACCUCUCCGGCGUCGGGUGGGAACGAUGGCGGCGCUCGCUAUGUCAGUCGACGACGCCGCUCGUCUCUAGCAUUGAUUCGGAAUCUUCCCGCCCGCCUCGUCCGCGCAUAUCUGCAUGCGAUAUUCAACCUCGUCUUCUGGUUCUGGAGUGUCUUCUUCAAGGCCUUCGCUGUCCGUAUCGUUGGCGAGCGCGUCCCUCAGACGAUCACUCGCCUCCUCGGCUAUGCGCUCUCGACAACAGCUACCAGGCCGUCACUGACCGCCGGAGACGCUGCGCCACGGAACAGGAUUGAAUCGACGCCGUCACAAACCCCUCUUGAGGGGAGCGUUCGUGCCUCACAGCGAGACAGCUCCACUAUAGGUGGUCUCAUCAAGCGAGGAGGCACCGAAGGCGUCUCUUGUGGUAUCAAGGACGGAGUAGGAGUUCCUUCAGGGGCUGAUACCAAGUUCAUCCCUGCCCCGCUGCCUCAGCGUCCAUCUUCGGCCUUGCACGGGCACCCUGAAGCCCGCGUGGUUGUCUCAGCGUCUCUGCUGAGGGACUCUUUGUCCCCCUCCGUUAUCGUGCGUGGUCAGGGUCCUAUUAGAGGGCUUCGCGCGGCGUUCGACGGAAAGACGGUACCCGCCCCUACCGUCACUCCACUAGGCGACGAUUUCCACCUUGUCGAGUUGACGGGUCUCGACGGAGAGGAGGGUCAGCUUGAGGUAUCUUUUGAGCUCUAAGUCCUCCAUCGCGUGUUCGCGCGAUGUAGUCUUCUCACAUCAUUUUUCUUGUACUCCUAACCGCACUUCGGCAGGUCCGAGAUCUAUCUGUUGUAACCCUGGAAGCUCUGACCUUUCGUCUUGUCUGUAUCAGUCUCGAAUUCAUGUAGUCUUACGCCGCACACAAGCCCUUGCACGAUAUUAUGUACGUCAAGACGACCCAUCCUAUAGAAUGAAUGUCCUGUAAAAGAGAAUCCUAGCAAUGACAGAGUGUUUGAAC